AUGGGCUCGCUUCCAGAAUCAUCAAACGCUGUGCGUGUGCUUAUCCUCGGUGGAUGUUAUGGUGGUCUGUCUGCUGCCGUCAACCUGUUGGAUCUGAGCCAGGGUUAUUCCCCCCGCAUGAACUCUGAGCCAUAUACUCAUCACCCCAACUUGCCUACUUUCAACAUCGAGAUCACCAUCGUUGAUGAAAGAGAUGGUUACUACCACUUAAUCGGCUCUCCCAUGGCCCUUGCCGACUCUGCCUUUUCCAAGAAGAAUUGGGUCAAAUACUCUGAUAUCCUCGGCCUCAAAGAUCCCAGACUCAACAUCAUCCAAGGUUCAGUUACCAGCGUCGACCCCGCUUCAAAGAAAGCUACCAUCUCAGCCCACCUCACCGAAGAGAAGAGCACUCUCGAAUAUGACUACCUUGUUGCCGCCACAGGUCUGCGCCGCGUCUGGCCCGUAGUCCCACAGUCCUUGACUCGAAAGCAAUACCUCUUUGAAGCCGAGAACCAUAUCAACGCUGUUCAGAAUGCUAAGCACGGCGUCGUAGUGGUCGGCGGAGGUGCUGUCGGCAUUGAAAUGGCGGCCGAGCUUAAGAUGGUCAAGCCUCACCUCAACGUAACACUUGCCCAUUCGCGUGACAAGCUUCUCUCAUCCGAGGGUCUCCCUGACGAGACCAAGGACGUGGCACUUGAGUUGCUUUGUGAGGCUGGCGUUGAAGUCCUCAUGAACCACCGUCUGGCUUCCAAGAGCAAGGUCGAGACUACCGACGGCAGCGAGAAGUAUGAAGUUGAGUUUACCAACGGUCACAAGAUGUCUGCUAGUGUGGUGAUCAUGGCCAUCUCCAGAAGUGUUCCCACUACCACAUAUCUGCCCGCCUCCGCACUCGAUGAGGAUGGCUUGGUGAAGAUCAAGCCCAACCUGCAGUUCGAAGAAGGCACACCAAAUGCUGAAUUUCACUACGCCGCUGGCGAUAUCACGAAGUGGCCUGGCAUCAAGCGAUGUGGUGGCGCCAUGCAUCAAGGCCACUACGUCGCAUUGAAUAUCCACCAGAAUAUUCUCAGCCAGCGAGCUGGACACGUUCCCUCAUAUAAAGAGAUCGCAGUCUACCCACCUGUUAUUGGUCUUGCAGUUGGCAAGAAGGCAGUUGCUUCUAGUCCGGACACUGGCACCACGGCUGGCGAGGAUGUUCUCCAGUCUUGUUUCAGAGAUGAUCUGGGUUGGACAAUUUGCUGGAAUUACAUGCAGCUUGGUGGUCGCAAGAUUGACGAGGCUAAGGCUUGA